UCCCAGGCUCGGGGGUGGCAUGGCCGAGCCUGCUAGCGGUUUCGUGCCUUCAGCCGGGUGGCUUCCAGCCCCGGAGAUGAACCCUACCGUGGGGCCGCUGAGAAACACCGCCUCGCCACAGGGCAGCUGGGCGCUCUGGGCGAUGCUGCCGCCACCGCCACCUCCCUUGUCGCCACCCGUGGACGGGUCGAAGCCUUCCUCGGAGGCGCAGCUCGCCGGGGACACGCAGCCUCUCUCCGGGGCGCCGCCCCCCUUUGACGCCCACAUUCUUCCCGGGGCUCAGCCUCCCUUCGAUGCCAAGUACCCCCUGGACUCUCAGCCUCAGCUCAGCGGCCAGCCUUCCUGGGAUUUCCGGGCUUCGACAUCCUGGUACUGGAGACAGUCUCCCGAUGGUUUUCCCUGGCAUCAGAACGCACACAACUUUCCAGUUAAGAAUUCUUAUUUUCCACGAAAAUAUGGUACCAAAUUUACGGACUUCAAUUUUCCUCCUAAUAAAAAACAGAAAAAAAAGAAAAGAAAGGAACCAGUUUUUCACUUUUUUUGUGAUACUUGUGAUCGUGGUUUUAAAAAUCAAGAAAAGUAUGAUACCCACAUGUCUGAACAUACAAAAUGUCCUGAGGCAGAUUGCUCUUUUAGUGCACAUGAGAAGAUUGUACAGUUCCACUGGAGAAAUAUGCAUGCUCCUGGGAUGAAGAAGAUCAAGUUAGACACACCAGAGGAGAUUGCAAGGUGGAGAGAAGAAAGAAGAAAAAACUACCCAACUCUGUCCAAUAUUGAAAGGAAGAAAAAGCUAAAACUUGAGAAGGAGAAGAGAGGAGAAGUAUUAACGACAACACAGUAUGGCAAGAUGAAAGGAAUGUCCAGACAUUCACAAAUGGUGAAGAUUAGAAGUCCUAGCAAACACAAGAAAUGUAACAAUGGCAAUGCUACUCAUGGAGCAGUCACUUCAUCAGGGAAUCACUGCUGUGGUUCAAAGCCUGAAGGUCCAGCAGAGGCAAAUGAAGAUCCUCUUGGUGUGUUGAUAAACAGUGAUUCUGAAUCUGAUAAGGAAGAGAAACCACCACAGACAGUCAUUCCUAAGGAGGUGACGCCAGCCUUGUGUUCACUGAUGAGCAGCUAUGGCAGUCUCUCAGGGUCAGAGAGUGAGCCUGAAGAAACUCCCAUCAAGACAGAAGCAGACAUUGUGGCAGAGAAUCAGGCUCUGCAGAGCACUGCUCCCAAGAGUCCAAGUAAAAAUGCUGUAGCAACUGUUCAGAACUCCUCAGGAGCCCAGUGUGGAAGUACAAAGAAAAGCUUUCGAAAUACAAACCCCAAGAAGAAAAAAAAUAUUCGCAACUAUCAAACACUAUUUGAACCAAGAACACAUCAUCCCUAUCUCCUGGAAAUGCUUCUAGCUCCAGACAUUCGACAUGAAAGAAAUGUGAUUUUACAGUGUGUUCGGUACAUUAUCAAAAAAGACUUUUUUGGACUCAAUAUUAAUUCUGAGAAAACUAAAGAUGUAUAAGUAUCAAAUGUUCAACAUUCAUAAGUAAAGUAUAUAAAAUACUGUCAACCUCAAAUCAGGAAAAACAAAAAACAUUAAAAAAACUGGAUUAUGUAAUGAAAUUGUAAGUCUCAUAAGAUAUGAUGUUGGAUUUUCAAGUCUUAACUUUGAUUCUGGCAAAUAAACACAGAGCUGAUUUUUU